GAGGGGCGGAGCUGGGCGGGUCCUUGCGGGCUGGCGGCGGAGCCUCGCGAAGGUUCCAGAGCCGUCUCGUGCGGAAGGCGGGCCGCCGAGUCGCGCCGGGUCGGUGGAGCUCGCUGCCGGCGCUGCGACGCUCGUGGGUGGCGUGUUCGGCUCUUCCUGUCUGCUUCGGUGCACGGCUGCAGCUCCGGCCUCGGGUCUGACGCGCCACAGCAUGGCUUCGGCUUUGGAGGAGUUGCAGAAAGACCUAGAAGAGGUUAAAGUAUUGCUGGAAAAGUCCACUAGGAAAAGACUGCGUGAUGCUCUUACAAGUGAAAAAUCCAAGAUUGAGACAGAACUCAAGAACAAGAUGCAACAGAAGUCGCAGAAGAAACCAGAACUUGAUAAUGAAAAGCCAGCUGCUGUGGUUGCUCCUCUUACAACAGGAUACACUGUGAAAAUCAGUAAUUAUGGAUGGGAUCAGUCAGAUAAGUUUGUGAAAAUCUAUAUUACCUUAACUGGAGUUCAUCAGGUUCCCACUGAGAAUGUGCAGGUACACUUCACAGAGAGGUCAUUUGAUCUUUUGGUAAAAAACCUCAAUGGCAAGAAUUACUCCAUGAUUGUGAACAAUCUUUUUAUUAUUCUAUGUAGAAAGAAAUCGGAAAACACACGAUGGGACUACUUAACUCAGGUGGAAAAAGAAUGCAAAGAGAAAGAAAAGCCUUCCUAUGACACUGAGGCAGAUCCUAGUGAGGGAUUAAUGAAUGUUCUAAAGAAAAUUUAUGAAGACGGAGACGAUGACAUGAAGCGAACCAUUAAUAAAGCGUGGGUGGAGUCCAGAGAGAAGCAAGCCAGAGAAGACACAGAAUUUUGAGGCUUUUAAAAGUUCUUUUGGGAACAUGAGUGCUCAUCUUUCCAGUGAGGGGAUGUUGUUGAACUGCACAUAUUUGUUCAUGUGGGUAUGUAAUUUUGACAGAUAACUAUUUACACGGUCUUUUAAGUAAAGACAUCGUCGGAUUCUCCAUUUCUUACUGGAGAAUUUGAUUUAAAUAAAUAAGCUUAUUAAACUUUUUCCUUCAUUAGCACCCCAGACAUUUUGUUUCAGAAAAGGCUAUAUGGCAUUCUUACUGAAAUGUAAAAAGCAAGUCUUGCAUAAUGAAAAUGUUACAUCACAGAUUUUUGUUCUGGCUGGGAUAUAGGAAACAGAAGUAUUUGUCUAUCUGUAACUGACAUUAGGUCCCAGUAAUGUAAAAAAUAAAAGCAAAAUUUUUGCAUAAAAUUCAAAUUUGUACAUGAACUUACAAAGUUACUAUAGAGCUGUUCCGUUAUUACCAGCUUAAGCAAGAUGUGAGCCAUGUGUUACCAUAUACUACUAAUUGAUUUUAGUAUAUUUAUGAGUAUAAAAUUAAACAAAAUACAAAUGACAAAAAUAGACAAACAUCUUGUGUUGUUAAGUACUGUCAUGGAUCAGAUGGCUUAAAAAUAACCAUGAUAUGAAAACUUGAAAACCUCAUUUAUUCCUUUGUUCAAUAAAGUUAGAGUUUUACUUAAAAGAUAAA